CUUCUUUCUUCCCCUCCCCACUCCUCGGACGUUUCUCCCUCCCUCGAUCCUCUCCGUCACUCCCCUGCCCUCUGAGGAUGUUAUUGAACCCGCUGAAUUCACCGGGGGUGCUGGCCACCUUUCUCCUGAUCGCUUCCGUUUCUGCCCAUGGCGGCCAUGAAAAUGUCCCCGAAGGUGCCGCCAUUUCCGGCGACCCCAUCGACUCGACACUAUGGGUGCAUAUGAUUUUGAUGGGAUUCGCUUUUGGCAUCAUCUUCCCGUUGGGUAUGGUUCUCGGGAUCAUACGAUCCCGCUGGCAUGUCCCUCUCCAAAUCGUGGGAACGAUCAUCGCAGUGGUGGCCUACUUCCUCGGUCACGGCCACAAGGGCCGCCAGUUUUCCAAGAAUGUUCAUGCUUCCUUCGCCAACUCCCUGAUGCUCAUGAUGGUGGUGCAAAUCGUGCUGGGCGUGUAUCUCAAGCUACACCUGACCCGGGGUGUUCAUGGACGGAUUCGCCGCUUUAUUGUCGUUGCGCAUGGGGUUCUGGGCAAGGCAAUGCCGGUUGCUAGCUGGGUUCAGAUGCUGUUCGGAGGCAUCACGGCCAUGGGCUACUGCCGAGAGGAUCAUUUGGGCCAGUGUCUGGCCCAUUUCAUCAUGGGUAGCGCCUUCAUAGCUUACGGCAUCUUGUUGACAAUUCUCCUUCUGGUGGGCCAGUUUUGGCUACGCCGCACCGGGCGGAGUCAGGAGUUUUUCGAUUCCCUAAUAAUCGCUGCGUGGGGAUGUGUCAACACCUUUACUGAACACCGAUGGGGCCAGCCCUGGGCACACAAUGACCUGCAGCACACUACCAUGGGUGUAGUCUGGUGGUGCGCGGGACUCUUGGGGAUCUGGAUGAGUCGCAAGCGAAACGGCCAGCCCAAGCGGAACCUGAUCCCGGCCAUUGUCAUUCUUCUAACCGGCUUUGCCAUGUCAGCUCAUCCCCAGCAUCUUAUGAUCAGCACUAUGAUCCACAGCGUCUUUGGUUACACGUUGAUGGCUGCGGGGUUCACUCGAAUCAUUGAGAUCUCGUUUGUUCUGAGAGACAAAUCCACCCUCAGCACGGACGGCACCGAUCCCAACAGCUUCCAAUAUUUGCCUCCUUUCCUUCUCUACGCCUCGGGCUUUCUGUUCAUGGGCGCCACUGAGGAGCAAAUGCAACUCCUGCAUGAUGCCGGGAUCACCCACGUGUCCUAUGUCCUGAUCCUUUACAGCAUCGCUUUCAUUCUGUUCCUUUUUGUUAACGUGCUUCUCCACAUUUACGCCGUUCAUGCAUGGCCCGAUUCUGCCAAGGCAUCUCGCUCCACUGAAAACGAGAACGAAGACCAAGGUUCGUCUCGGUCGAAGGCUCACCGGUCCCAGGCUUCUCUCUCGCGCCCCAACGGGAUGAACGGCCAUGCUCGCUCGCCCUCCGAAAACCAACGUAUCCAGGAUGCCGAGGCCUUCGAGCUGCAGGGGCUCAUCUCUGACGAGGAAGAUGAAGACAAGGCAAAUGGCGGGGAGGGACAUUCCAUAGGUCCCAGAAGACUUGAAGACGAAGAAAAUUCCCCUUUGGUUGGGAAAGAGACAUAAUCUCGUUUAUUUUGUUGAUUCCCGUUCUUUUCCCAGCAGCAUCUUUCUCUACCAUUUUCAUUUCUCGAUCUCUUUUUUAUAUUCUGUCUAAUGCCCAAUUUGGCGCAACCGAUGAACAUGAUGCUUGGAAGAAAAUCGUCAGUCCGGUUUAUAUAUUAUGUCAUCCACAAGGGUGCCAAAAAAGCUAACCCCUUGUUUCGCUCGUGUCUGGUCUACACCUUGGUGUUUGGGGUCUCAAAAUUUGGAUAUUGAAUCGAAAGAACGGCGUUGUUCAUACAUCUGUUUCCUAGUUUUUGAUUCUUCAAUGGCGUGCGUUUUCCUUUAGACCACUGGCCUGAUACCAGCGCGGGUAAUGAAGGAUAUCGCAUACGAUCCAUC